UGCGGAAAGUAGAAAUACAAAGGAGGAAGAAGAUUCGUGGGAUUCAUGCGCAUCUCUCCCUCUCAUAUUCUCUUCUCCUUCCUUUUUUCUUGUCCAAGUGCCCGCUUUUCCACUCACCUUCCCAAUUCAACUCGUCCUCCCUGCUGUCCUCUCCUCCUCCUCAUAAACACUCAACCCCUCCCGCCUCCCUCCUUAACUCAGCACGCACAUCUUCUGGGUUCAAUAUUCUCUUUCCUUAACAGCCUUGAUAUCUCUGCUUCUAAGGACACUUGCAGACAAAUAAAGGGUAGUUUAAUUUCUGAUAGACCCAAGUACGUGUGCUCUCUGUAAUGAAUUCAUGUUCUGUUUUGAUGCAGAAAUUGAGAAGAAUAUUCAACUUAUCCUUUUGAUGCCAGCAAUCUUGCUGGCAAUCAUACUUAUGACAUUAUGAGUCACCAGAGUACAUUCAAUCCCAGUAAAACCCUAGAGGGUGUGCAUGGCAUCCAUGUUGUCCCUCAUUCUCCAUUUGCUUUGAAAGAGAUCAAUCAACAGGGGGACUUCCCCCAAUCAACCUGUGAAAGAUCAGGCAAUGGAUUGAAUCAGCUGCUGUUGAUGCAGAGAGUAUGGCAGCAAAGACCAGGAUGUUUGAGGCCUAUCCAGGGCUGUAUUCAUGGUGAUCAACAUCUUGCAGAAACAGUUGCUAAUGUGAUUACUUCUCUUCCUUUUAUUGCUCUCGGUAUCCAGGCUCCAAGGAAGAACUUGAAUACUAAGUUGUAUGCUAACUCAUUAAUUGGAGUUGGAGUUGCCUCAAGUUUGUAUCAUUCUUCAAGAGGAAAGCUGAGGAAGUAUUUGAGAUGGUUUGACUAUACAAUGAUAGCCACAGCGACAGUAUGUUUGUCAAGGGCCCUACGAAAUGAGAACCCAAAGUUUUUGAUGGCUGCAUCUGCAGCAUUAUUGCCUGUCCAGCCUCUGAUGGUCUCUGCUAUUCAUACAGGGAUGAUGGAGGUAGCAUUUGCAAAAAGGGCAUUAAAAGAUCCAGAUCUAAGGAUGGCACAUAAUUUGCAUAAGAUGUCAUCGUUGUUGGGGGGUGUUCUUUUCAUUGCUGAUGAUUGCUUUCCCAGUACUCCUUUCCUUCAUGCUGGCUGGCAUCUUGCUGCAGCCAUUGGUGUUGGCACCUGCAACAAGCUUCUUAAGUAGUGUAUAUAUCUCAGAUCACUUUCUUAUGAUUCAUUUAUCCUUUGGGCAGCAGCUUCUCCUCGAACACCAGGAUGGGUAUAAAUUUCAUGCCUUCCUUCAACCAGGUAAGGAGAGGAAGGGAUAGAUUUGCUCUUUUCAGUUAGCUUCUUGCAGCUCAACGGUCCAACUAUUGUUGGGUUUUUGUAAUUUCUUCCGGUCUGGUUUCAUUUAGCCAUUCCUAACAUCUAAAAAGAAAUGCAGUUGCCGUAUUUAUUCAGCUCAAGAGCUAUUUAUCUGAUACUCUAAUUAGAGACGUGUGGCGUUUUCAUUUUCUGUUUAUAUAUCACAAUCAGCAGUAUGAAAGAGAGAAUUGCUUCAUCUGCUUUAGAUCAAAUGUAGAACCCAGCUAUCAAUUUGCUAUUAUCUAUCAGUUAUAUUUUUCACUC